AAUUGCGCGCGGCGGAGGAGCAGCCACACGGUGCCAUUGAGCUCUUUCUCUUACUUGACCGUCUGGCCAAUGUUUGUUUAUUUAUGCCGGAUUCGUGUGGUCCGGAAUAAGGCUGGCAGGGCGGGAUUUGCGGCGGCAUGUCGGCGUUAAAGGAGAACCAGUGUUACGGGCUGUCCAGCAGUAAACUGAGCCGCGGCGGUAACGUCUCCGUUUUUCACGUAAAACUCACUGACAGCGCGGCAAGAGCCAUUAAUACCUUUCAAAACGGCAAGGGCUGGUCGGCCCAUCCCACCAUCAGUUUUAGUGGAAAUGACGGGAAAAUCACCAUCCCUUGUUCAGAGAAUAGAGAUGAAGUCAGGAUUUUCACCUUUGGUGUGACUAAUGUUGCUCGUGAUAAUCCCCAUGGAAGCUUUGACUGCAUCAAACAGCUCAGCACCAGUGCCGCUGAGGAGCUGUCAUGUCUCGGGGUGAUUCAGAAGAAGAUGACAGUCAAAGCCACGGAUGAGUCUUAUGAUAAAGCUCGUCAGAGCAUGGCCCAAGCCGAGGAGGAGACACGCAGCCGAGGGGCCAUUGUCAUCAAACACGGAGGCCGCUACCAGGGCAAGAAGGUAACAGUGCGAGCCCCGGCCCCUGCACUGGCCAGACUCGCCAAGCCCAAACACUCGUCUCUUCUCAGCAACAUUAAGAAGGGAGUCGGCGCGUCUACGCUGAAGAAAGAUGCCUGUGCAUCAAAUAGGAGGAGCACUUCUGAUUUGCAAGAGAGGCCCCUCAGGGAGAGGAUAAUGCACCUGCUGGCUCUAAGGCCAUACAAGAGGCCUGAGUUGAUACUGAGGCUGCAGAAAGAUGGUCUGACAGCAGGAGACAAAAAUGUGCUGGACUCUGUAUUAAUGGAGGUCACCCAGCUCAACAGUAGAGACAGCACAUUUGUUCUGAAGGACAGUCUGUAUAAGGAGUUGCAGAAGGACUGGCCCGGUUACACGUCUGGAGACCAGCAGCUCCUUAAACGCAUCCUUGUCAGGCGACUGUUUCAACCACAACAGAACCUUCUCACUGUCCCUGAAGCCCAGGUCAGCCCACUGCGGGACACCCCUAACUCCUCACCGGCACACCGUCCAAAGCAUUCUCUGCCAGAGGAAUACACAGACCCUCUGGCCACCAAGAAGCCCAGGAUAUCCCAUUUGUCCAGCAAGACAGCCAGUGACAAGUCAAGAACGAGGUCUUCUGAACAAGCUCAUAAGGACGUUACAGCAGAUGACAGGCAAAGGGACUCGCUUGAUCCUCAGAAACUUAUUGACUCCUUGUCAGCAGUCUGUCAGCAGGAAGAAAAGGUGGCUAAAAGAUUAGAACCACCUCACGCUGUUCCAAAAGGGCCUGAGAUCCCAGAAGAUCACCCUCAACCUAACUCUGAUCGGCCCCAGUCCCCUCUAAUAGUGCCCGAUCUUACCAAACAUGCAAUAAAAAAGAAGAAGAGCAAACACAAACAUGGAGACCAUGAGAAGAAGAGGAGGAGAGACAAGAAAGAGAAAAGAAAAAAACACAGUUCAGAGCAUCCAAACAACAAAGCCUCUUUGGACUGCACAGAACCUGCAGAAAUCUUUUUUGACUCUAAUUCUGUUCCAGCGGACAGUGAUGCAGCAGAUUAUUUAUCGAAGUACACAGUUAUUUAUAGCCACGAGCAGAGACAAAGUUACAAACAGGACUUUAACAAGGAGUACGACGAGUACCGAGAUUUACACUCCCGCAUUGACAGCGUGACGCAGCAGUUUAUGGAUCUGGACACACAACUCAAACAACUCCACCAUGAAUCACAUAAAUACAAGACGGUCCGGAAUCAAAUUCUUCAAGAGUAUCGCAAAAUUAAAAAGUGCAACCCCAACUACAGCCACGACAAGGUUCGCUGUGAAUAUUUACACAACAAACUGGCCCACAUCAAGAAGCUCAUAUCAGAGUAUGACCAGCAGCAGCUCAGCGUGGAGUGUGCCAGUCUGAACUGAAGAGCCUAACUCGGAGUGACGAGUGAACUUGACGAGUACGACAAAGAUCCCGAGGCAAAGGAAGGUUCAUGCUGCUGAGCUCAGUGCCAUCACACUGGAGUCUGUGGUCUUUAUGGCUCAAUGUAGUAUCAUGAGAACUACUGUAAAUGUCGGUGAGGUUGAGUCUUUUGUGAGGACCUGGGGGCGGUAGGCCAAGAUGAGGAAUUUUCUUUGAAAGUGCCCAAAUUGCUGCUACUACAGCAACGCAGGAGUAACAGUAGUUUUUCUCUUAAAUUAAGGCUCGAACUCUUUAAAAUGAAAACACAUGAGGGGAUGAAGUGCCAAGCCUUAAAAGUAUUCGUAGAGUGUCAUCCCUAUUACACCUUUUUUAGGCUUUUGUUUGUUUUAAUUAAAUCAAUUUGCGUAUUUGGUAACGUGUUCCACCAGACACAUCAGUGUUUAGGUUUAAACUGGAAACCUUAAAAAAAAAACUACAUGCUGUACCCUGUCCAGGCAGCUCAUGUGAAUGGCAGGCAAGGGUUAACUUCUGAUGACAGCUGGGACGCAGAUGUGUCCUGAGUAAACAUCCGUCCUGUUCUUUGGGUUUUGUGAGAUUAUGAGUCUUGCCAGUUGGUCGUCCAUUUAUGACUGCUGAGUUUAGCCUUGUGCUCUAAUUAGCUACUAAUGCUGGACUCCAUUCAUAGUAUUCCACUGGUACUGUCCUUCAGGUGGUUUUCCUUGAUCACUGAAGACUGUUAUGCUGAAUGUUAUGUGAACUUUAAGUUGUAUUCAGGGAAUGUAUGUUUAGUACAAGCUUCAGUAAAAGUGUAAAUUUAAAAUGGGUUUUAAUUGUCUGGAAGGAGAAAGUUACUGUACUGUUUCUGGUAAGGAUUCAAAAUAAAGAUGUAGUUGCAUGCUGUGUAUGUUACAGAAUGCAUGAUGACUUAAGAUUUUGUCUGAGGUUCAAAUAAAUCUGUUUGUACUGA